AUGCUCACAUCCGUAGAGGAUUUGAAGGACAUUGGGAGACUGAUAGAUGAUGUACAGUCGGAGCGGAGUCAUAUAGCGGAAAAAUUGAGCCUAGUAGGGCGGUUCGGCGCUGAGAAUGGCGCGUCAACAGGAGCCACAGAGGACGUAGAUGAUAUGGUGGACAAAGCGGCUCAAGAGAUCAGUGAAGCUAGAAACAUGAUGGAUGUAGCGAGACUACGGCAUGAGUAUGGAGAUCUGACGAUUUUACGCGAACUGGAAUCAAAUUUUCUGCGUGAGACGCGUCGAAUUGCAGAAGAAGACGAGCAGAAUGAGGCAGAGCAAAUGGUGCACGAAUUGGAAACCCUACAAACCACUCCAGGCAUCACACAAUUGGAGAAGUGGCAUGCUAGGAUUCAGAGUCUCGAAUUGCUACCAGAAAAUGCCGUUUACCGGGCUUUAACUGAGAAAUUUGGCGCUCUUGUGCAAGAGAAAAGCGCGACACAACAACAGUUAUUCGAGAAAUUGGCUCUAGAUGUCCGGUGGGAUUCGUCUCAUUUUCAAAACGAUGUGGACGACGUACAGAAUUUGAACGAAAUGGCCAGUAUCCUUUUCAGACUAGACAUUCUUGCAGGUCACACGCCAGAAAGUGACGAGCUUUGGAGUUUCAGCAGCAUGGCCAAGAGUUUUCAUCUAAAGUUCAUUUACCUUUUCAACAACCAGGUCCAGGAGCAACCGCAGUCCAUCCAGACGUACUUUGCGUUUCUCGACAGAUAUUUGGCGCAUAAUCUGUUUAAGUGCAUCGACAUUUUCAGCAAUCCAGAAAUUGGUCUCACCCCAGAAAUGGUGCUUCGCAACCUUAUAAACCAUAUAUUGCAUCCCAUCAGACAGAAAGUGAAAUCUACGCUAAUGAAGACAGCCGAACAAGACGCGGGGGAGAGCUUGAAAACGCUAAUCGUGCUAAUAUCUCAAAUUUUCAUCAACGACAACAGUUUACUGAAGAAACACUACUACGAUGGACCGGGACUAGUCUCUAUGAUACCAAGUGAUGUUAUGGACACUUGGCUUACAUUCGAAGUACGAUCCGCAACAAGUCAAGUCGAAAAAAUGAAACAGUUGCCGCUAUCUAAAAGCUGUACAGACUUCCAAAUUUUGUUAGAGAACUUGUUAAAGUAUUUUGAGCCUUUUUUCGAUUUGGAAUACCCUCCCUUCAUGGAACACAAGCUGAAAGUGACUAACCGCAUAUUCAUGGGUCUCCCUGGUAGUCUUUGCGACCAUAUAUUGAAUUACUCUGGCGAUAACAUGAUUUCAUUCGAGAAUGAGGCCCAGUUCAAGCAAACCGUCGAGAAAUUACAAUAUUUGCGCAAAGUCGAGAACAUUUUGAAUAAAUAUCAGAAUAUGCUGCCUUUCGUCAACCAAACGGUGUAUUUGAACGAGCAGACAAAUUCGUCUUAUCCAACAGUCUUCUCAGACGUCCUGAAGCGUUUUUCCAAAGCCAUUAUAACAGUGAGAGAGUCCAUUGUGCAUAGGUUAAAAAAACUAAUAAGUGCGAAUCUUCGAGUUUACUUUAAAAUUAACGAAUGGGCGAGACUGACAGUAGCCACAGACCAACCAAUGGCGGAGCUUUUGGGCACGGUGAGGUCAUUGCAAGACCUAUUCAAUUACAUGACCCUACACGAGUCCGUCCGCGACGUGAUAUUCUGUGUUCAAAAUGAGGCUCUCAAAAUUAUUAUUCAUUUUAUGGACGAUUACGUCGUGAAUUUGAACAAAUUUUCCCAAUGCGGUCUUGAACAGCUUCAAACUGACUACAGUGCAUUGAGGGAAACUUUAAAUAUGAAUCCAGAACAAUCACCAUACAAUACAGAAGAAGCAGCGUUUCUUGAAAAAUUGAGGAUCCUUGAACUCAAACAUAUUGGUUCUGAGGAUUCCUCUAAAUUCCUUUCCAAAGCGUACAUUGAAGGACAAAGCUACGCCGAGUUGCGUACAAGCCUCGAAAUUUGGCAUUUGCCCGAUAGUCAAAUAGCUAAUUCUCUGUAUAGAGCUCUAUAA